ACUGGCGCAAUUCGGAGGAUCUUACAGUUUUCGAUCAGCUGAUUCGCGAAAGGAGACGCGGUCCCGUAUAUUCAAUAGACAGGGAAAGAUCGCGGCAAGGAUGCUCUUUGAACGGGCGGUGAUGUUAAUCGUCGCCGUUGCGGUCGUCGGUGCUCUCGAUGGACCAAAGUACGAGAAAAAUAUCCUGUGGACCGGUGGACCCUUCGAGUGGCCUUGCUUAGCCACGAAGAGCAUAUUUAAGAACAGCGGUCGUUACGUCUCGAAGAACGUCCUGGCUACCAGGGCUGCGAUCCACAAGGACGACGCCAUCCUUGCUUUACCUAGAUAUAAGCCUGGAGUGCCAGCGACUUUAGCCAAAGUCUCGUUGAAAGAUAAGAACUGUCAAGCCAGUCUUCUUCCUUUCCCUUGCUGGUCCCUCCAAGAAGAAGGAACUUGCUCUGCAUUGCAAAACGUCGUGGACAUCUAUUUGGAUCCUCAGGAAAUCCUGUGGGCUCUGGACACGGGUGUCGUAAAUUCCCUCGAACAGCCAGAACGCAAAUGUCCGCCAAAGGUUGUCGCCCUGAACGUAAAAACCGGCAAGGUCGUGAAAACCGUCGACCUGUCCGGCCUGACGAACUCCGCGUCCCGACUGCAGUACGUCGUGGCGGACUACAACUCGGACGGCCGCGUGUUCAUCUACGUCUCCGACGCGGCCUCGAGGGCGAUUCUGGUGUACGACGUGACCUCGGGUCGCGGAUACCGCGUGGUCCUGCCGCAGGCUGUCACCCUGAACUGCAGCCGCAGGGACGUGCUUUACCUCGCGUUGAUGCACCGGCAGGACGGUAGCACUUGCCUGCUCUUCACCUACCUGGGCAGCAACCGUCUGUUCUCCAUCCGCACGGAUCACCUCCGGAACGGAAACGCCCAGGGCAAGGUGCACGACCUCGGAGUCAAACCCGCGAGACUCGUGAUCCUGGGAACGGACAACGGCAGCGCGCUCUUCUUCCGCUACGAGGGCAGCUCCGAGGUGUACAGAUGGGACAGCGAGACCGCGUUCUUGACCUGCAACUUCCAGCAGGUCUAUUCGAGCGCCGAGUGCGCCCUACCCACGCACAUCAUCCCCGAUUACAAGAGAGGACAGAUGCGCGUCCUCGAGAGCAACUUCCCGGAUUACAUGCAAGGCACCGUCGGCUGCGGCGCCAAUCACGCCUUGAAUCUUAUAAACGUGCUGUUCCUGUCGACAAUAUUGUCGUUUCUGUACAUCGGAGCUAAGGCGGAAACGCUGGAAACCGUGGCGCAAUGGCAGUUGCUUGACUUCGCUCUGCCAUACGAUCGUGGUUUCCUCAAUCAAUAUCGACAGGACAAUGUGGUGCUGACUGGUAUCGAAAUAGCCUGGGACAGGAUUUUCGUGAGUACACCCAGGUUACGUGCUGGUGUGCCGGCCACCUUGAGCUUCCCCAGAAAGAUACUCUCGGGAAGUAGCCCGCAGCUUCAAGCGUAUCCUUCGUGGGACUGGCACGGUGCUGGGAAAGGAGAGAUCAAUUGCACCAAGCUGAUCUCGGUGUACCGAACCAGGCUGGACAGCUGCAACAGAUUGUGGGUUGUUGAUUCUGGUGUCAUGACGUCGAUCGACGAUUUUAUGGCCGUCUGUCCGCCGAAAAUUAUGGUCUUUGAUUUGAAAACCGAUCAGGUGGUUCGAUACGUCACUCUUCCACAUCAGGUGUUGAGACCAGAUACUUUACUGACCAAUUUUGUCAUCGAUGAAGUUUCGGCAAAAACGUGUGAUGACGUAUUUCUCUACAUAACAGACACUCUCGGCCCAGGAAUUGUUGUCUUCGAUGGUGUUAGGGAUAGGAGCUGGCGCGUUGUUCAUGCAUCCAUGUAUCCUAAUCCAGAUGAAGCAACGUACAGAAUCGGAAGUGACACUUUCGAGUUCCUGGACGGCGUAGUGGGCAUAACAUUUUCAUCAAGACACCGAACCGUAUAUUAUCAACCUCUGGCGACCAGUCGUAUCUUCGGCGUAUCCACUUCGGCGUUGCAAGCCGGACCACUUUCUUUGGGACAACAGUUACCCGUGACCUUGAUCGGCAGAAAGUCAAGUCAAGGUCUGGCGCUGACUGUAAAUCCUCUGGAUGAUACAAUCGUGUUCGCCCCUUUAACUGAGACCGCGAUUGCGUCAUGGCAACCGCAAACGAAUGAGCAGAGAAUACUCGCUUAUAGUCCAGAGGAAUUACAAUUUGUCGCCGAGAUUAUAUGGGCGAAAAAUGACAAUGGCAAUUAUUGGAUAAUGUCAUCAAGAUUCCACAAGUUCUUUCUGAAACAAGUUGACACUCGUCAGAUUAAUAUCCGCAUCAUGAGGAUCAAAGCGAACAAUCAGGCGCUAAUUCCGUCUCUCAAUCAACAGAUUGAUCCAUACUUUUCGUUACGUUUCUACAAUAAUACUUUAGGAUUCUGAAGAAGAGCAUUGAUU